AUGCGAUUGUCUCGACCGUCCUUGAAUUUUCUCAAUUCAAUCAGCAGGGAUUAUGCGAAGAAAGCCCCUCGAGCGAUUCUUGGAGAACCGACCAUCCCAUCUAAACCACACGUUCUUGCUAGAGACACAUCCGUAAUACUUUUUGGUUGGGCUGGAGCCCGGGAGAAACACGUGGCAAAACACGCUGAACUUUAUCACGAUAGAGGAUUCAAGACAUUGUCGUUUACAUCAGCUUUCGAUGGGCGACAUCCGUUGUACCUUAAAUUAAACAUUUCUGGACUUUUGCCCGAGCUCAAGAAAAUAGCCGAUGAUCCGACGCGUCGCUUUUUGAUUCACACUUAUAGCAUGAAUGGAGUAUUCACGUUAUGCACGCUACUUUAUCGGAAGGGUUUUACGGAUUUCUUGAAGAGGACCGAUGGAUUGGCGAUGGAUAGUGGACCCGUUUAUUUCAAAGAAGUCACUGCGUACACUUUGGUCUUGGAGAGCAUUUUCACGGAUCUCACGAAUAAAAUGGGCCCAGCUCAAAAAGCAAUCGCUCUCAUCUAUAAACAUUUCCUUGGUCUUAUCAUGCUUUUUGCACAUUUGAGGGCUAAAGCUCUACAUCUCUUCUUCCGAAAGCCAAUGACUGAAUUGGACGCAUUUACCUUUAUGAAAGUACAUCCGGAUAUCCCAAAACAGCAAGCAUACUUCUUCUCGGAUAAAGAUGUGAUAUGUCGUGCAAACAUGAUCAUGGAGUUCAUCGAUUGGCAAUUGGCUCGUGGUAAAGAGGUCACCUAUUUGAAUUUUGGCAACGCGGAACACGUGGCUCAUCUGAAGGCGGAUCCUGCCAAAUAUGGAGAAGUCCUUGACAAGUACCUGGACAAAGUGGCGAUCGAGCGGGGCUUGAUGAAAAAC